AUGUCCCUUACAUUGGGGGUCAGUGGGAAGAAUGUCCCUUACAUUGGGGUCAGUGGGAAGAAUGUCCCUUACAUUGGGGGUCAGUGGGAAGAAUGUCCCUUACAUUGGGGGUCAGUGGGAAGAAUGUCCCUUACAUUGGGGGUCAGUGGGAAGAAUGUCCCUUACAUUGGGGGUCAGUGGGAAGAACGUCCCUUACAUUGGGGGUCAGUGGGAAGAAUGUCCCUUACAUUGGGGGUCAGUGGGAAGAAUGUCCCUUACAUUGGGGGUCAGUGGGAAGAAUGUCCCUUACAUUGGGGGUCAGUGGGAAGAAUGUCCCUUACAUUGGGGGUCAGUGGGAAGAAUGUCCCUUACAUUGGGGGUCAGUGGGAAGAAUGUCCCUUACAUUGGGGGUCCCUCAGUGGGAAGAAUGUCCCUUACAUUGGGGGUCAGUGGGGAAGAAUGUCCCUUACAUUGGGGGUCAGUGGGAAG